AUGUCGAAUUCCUCACGCAAAAAGCUCCUUCUCAUGGGCCGCUCGGGGCUGGGGAAGCUGUCGAUGCGGCUGAUCAUCUUCUCCAACUACCUGGCCUUUGAUACGCGUCGCCUCGGCGCCACCAUCGACGUCGAACACUCCCACCUCCGCUUCCUCGGCAAUAUGACGUUAAACCUCUGGGAUUGCGGCGGCCAGGACGUGUUUAUGGAUAACUACUUCGGCUCGCAGCAGGACCACAUCUUCAAGAUGGUCCAGGUGCUCAUCCACGUGUUUGACGUCGAGCUGAAGCUGAUCAACAAGGAUAUCGAUACUUUCGUCAAGCUGUUGACGAUGCUCCAAAAAUACAGUCCCCAGGCGAAAAUAUUUGUGUUGGUGCACAAGAUGGACUUGGUCCAGCUCGAUAAGCGCGAGGAGUUGUUUGAAAUGAUGAUGGAGAAGCUACAGGCGACGGCCGACCCUUACCGAUUCCAGCUUAAGGGGUUCCCCACGUCGAUCUGGGACGAGCUGUUGUAUAAGGCGUGGUCGCAGAUCGUGUGUCUGUUGAUCCCCAACAUGCUGACGUACCACCAGCUGCUCCUAAAGUUUAACCGCAUCUUAGAUGCCGAAGAGAUGAUUCUUUUUGAAAAGACGACGUUCUUGGUGAUCUCGUCGACGCUGGCUAAUACCCCGGACUUGGACCCUAAACGGUUCGAAAAGAUCUCCAAUAUCAUCAAGAACUAUAAGCAGCUGGUGACGAAAUUGCGCACCACUUUCGCCAACUUGGUGAUUAGGGGUUCAAAUAACCUCCACUUCUAUCUCGAUGCGCUUACCGAUAAUAUGGUGGUGAUGAUUGUCUUGAGGGAAAAGCCAGGCAUGCUGCAAGACUUCCUUGUGCUUGAUAAUAUCAAGGCGGCCCGUAAAUGGUUUGAAGAGAUUGAGAAGUCCGACGGCAAGAAAGCCGUCGAUGAACCCAAACAUAAGCUUGUGCAAGCCUAG